GUUUGUACGGCUACGAUGUUUCUUGACGUUCAGGCUUGCAUGGAGAUUACUGACGUUCCAAGCACGUUUUUCGGCCUGAUGAUGGGGAGGAUGGGGCGAGGGUCAAGUCGUGGAGGGCAUUUCGAUUGUAUGGAAAAUCUCGCUUCUCUCUCAUCAGUUCAUCUCUAUCAGCCGAUGAGUGGUGAGAAGAUCGGACUCUUUUACGAAAUAAUAUCACGUGGUUUCGACAGUUACACAAUGCCAACCCAAAUCCAGACCUACAUGGUAGAUUAUCGCUUGGAUAGUUAUCUCGACGAUGACCUAUUACGAGCAUUAGUGAUUCAACCGCUCCAGAAGGUGUUCAAAUCAAAACUGAUCGAGAUCAGUGUUCGGCAUCGGCCACAAGAUUUUUCCAAAAGCUUUUGCCUCGAGGGCGACGAAAUCGAUGUGUCAAUUUGGAUCAAACUGUACAACAAACAUCUGCCCAAGGACCAGCAUGUUCUUCUCACCCUCACAGUGGAGCUUCCUCGUGAGAUUGAAGAAAGCAUUAUCCUCGAAGAUGGCUUUAGUCUAGAGGAGGCUUUGAAGACAUCUUUGACUACCAACUUUCCGGAAACCUCCGGCUCUUUCUUCCCCGCCAUUAAGAGAACGUUGAAGGACUCUCCCUAUUUGAGAUCAUCGGACAACCGCUUGAUGGAGUACAAAUACGAAAAAGUCUUGUUCAGUGACCAGUCUCCAUAUCAGUUCGUUCAAAUUGUGCAGACCCUCGAUUUUGGGCCACUACUUAUUCUGGAUGGAUAUGCAAAUUAUGCGGAGUCUGACAAGGAAACUUACACACAUAUGCUUAUGAACCUUCCUCAUGAAGAUUAUAGUGGCAAAGAAGUGCUGAUACUUGGUGGAGGCGAUGGUGCUCUCAUUCAGGAACUUUUUGCGUUGGAGAACCCUCCAUCCUUCGUGACAAUGGUGGACAUUGACGCCAUGGUCAUGGAUGCCUGCAACCAAUUCAUGCCUAACGUGUGUGGAAAAUUCUUGGACCGAUCAAAUUGGGAAGGCCCCAAUCACAAAAUCAUUGCUGGCGAUGCUAUUGCUUUCAUGAAGGAAUGUUUAAGUGGCCCCAAAAAGUUUGACUUUAUCUUCGGCGAUCUCACUGAUACACCCGUGUCGACCACUCCGAGAGACGAGUCAGUGUGGGCCUUUUUGAAGAUGAUCCUGGAUAUGGGUGUGAACCUCUUGAAGCCGAACACUGGGAAAUAUCUGACGCAUUGCAACGGGAUCUGUGUCCCUCAAUCCUUGGAGGCUUACGAGAAAGUACUCGCCAAUCUGGCAGGUGGUUCGUGCACAUUCACCAAAACCACCCGUUACGUGAACUCGUUCUAUGAAACAUGGACCUACUAUCAAAUUAUUAGGAAUGAGAAAUAAAACAAGAGAAUGUGGUUCUGGCUUUGGAAUAAUUUAGAGGGCUUCUAGAGCAAUCUAAUCCACAGCUUGCAACUCAUGUCUCGCAUGUUCUUUGAAA